AUGCAGCUGCCACCCUUCGACAUGUGGAAGGACUACUUCAACCUGAGCCAGGUGGUGUUGGCACUGAUCCAGAGUCGGGGGCAAAGGCCAGAGGCCCAAGGGACUGGGGAGUCCAGGCCUGAGCCCCCGCUGGGGCAGGACCAGGGGCUGGGAGGGCCGGGGGCCGGCAGGGGCCUGGCCACCCUGUGCAACUUCUGCAAACACAACGGGGAGUCGCGCCACGUCUACUCGUCGCACCAGCUGAAGACUCCGCAGGGCGUGGUGGUGUGCCCCAUCCUGCGGCACUACGUGUGUCCCCUGUGCGGGGCCACCGGCGGCCAGGCCCACACGCUCAAGUACUGCCCGCUCAACGGCGGCCAGCAAUCUCUCUACCGCCGCAGUGGGCGCAAUUCGGCCGGCCGCAAGGUUAAGCGCUGA